AGAACGUUUUGGUUGCGCUACUAUCCUGCUGUGAAAACAGCGGAAGUUAAUUCGCGACCUCUGGUUAUAUUUAUAUCGUCAUUGUCCCGGCCGCAAGGACGAUUGUAAAGUCAUGGCAGAUCGUACAAGGGUUGCACGUUUACUGAGACAGCUGGCCAGUGCAGAAUGCAGGUGUCCUGCUCACUCACACAUGCAUUCCUUGUUCACAUAUCAUCCAGGCCAUGCCGGUGGGAGGGCAACUGACUAUGCAUUUGAGAUGGCCUGUUCUAAUAUCAGAUAUGGAGAGGGAGUGACUAAAGAGAUUGGCAUGGACCUGAAGAAUUUGGGUGCACGGAAUGUGUGUUUGAUGACGGACAAAAACCUGGCCAAGUUGCCACCAGUAAUGGCAGUGUUGGACUCUCUAACUAAACACGGUGUGAAGUAUGAAUGCUACGACAGUGUGAGGGUGGAACCUACAGAUAGCAGUUUUAAAGUGGCAAUUGAUUUUGUGAAGAAAAAAGAUUUUGAUACAUUUGUAGCUGUGGGAGGUGGCUCUGUGAUAGAUACCUGUAAAGCAGCCAAUCUCUAUGCAUGUAACACGGAGGCUGAGUUUCUAGAUUUCGUAAAUGCACCAAUCGGGAAAGGAAAGCCAAUUACCGGACCACUGAAGCCUCUAAUCGCUGUUCCCACUACAGCAGGUACUGGGAGUGAGACCACAGGUGUGGCCAUAUUUGAUUUUGAAGACCUGAAAGCCAAGACAGGCAUAGCAAGUCGAAUGCUGAGACCUACUUUGGGGUUGGUGGACCCAUUGCACACACUGCACAUGCCCACCAGAGUGGCUGCCAACAGUGGCUUUGAUGUGCUUUGCCACGCACUGGAAUCCUUCACCGCAUUGCCAUAUAACAUGAGAAGUCCGUGCCCUUCCAACCCCAUUAACCGCCCUGCCUACCAAGGCAGCAACCCAAUCAGUGAUGUUUGGGCAAGGCAUGCCCUCCACAUGGUCUCCAAAUACUUAAAAAGUGCCUGGUUGUGUAUGUGUGUCAGAGCUGUGCGUGACCCAGAUGAUGUGGAGGCGCGCUCCGGCAUGCAUUUGGCCAGUGUGUUUGCUGGAAUUGGCUUUGGCAAUGCAGGGGUUCAUUUAUGUCAUGGGAUGUCAUACCCUAUUGCUGGGAAUGUCAAAACUCAUAAAGCCAAAGGUUAUGAUGUGGAUCAUCCCUUAGUGCCUCAUGGUCUCUCUGUGGUUCUCACCUCCCCUGCUGUAUUUACAUUCACUGCCAGCAUGUGCCCUGAGCGCCACCUGGAGGCAGCAGAAAUACUGGGUGUUGACGUGAGGAAUGUGAAGCUAGGUGAUGCUGGGUUUGUCUUGGCAGACACAGUGAAGAACUUCUUAUAUGACCUGGAAGUGGAAGAUGGCUUGUCUGCAAUUGGAUACAGUAAAGACGACAUCCCUGUCCUUGUGAAAGGGACUAUUCCUCAGGAGCGGGUGACAAAACUGGCUCCUAGAUCUCACACAGAAGAGGAUCUUAGUAAUCUGUUUGCAGCAUCCAUGAAACUGUACUGAUCACCUGCAUACUUUUUACUGAUCAUAUAUAUAGACAAAUAAAACAAUGUAAAUUUGCUGAUAAUUGUGUGUUGUGACCAGGAUAAUUGACAAAUUCUCAUCAUUCAAUUGCCAACCCAUUGUUUUGCAGAGUGUAGUGUCUGUGGUAAAGUUUUAGCCUUUAAGUCAUUAUGGCAUUGCAGUCAAAAUGUUCAGAUACAAUAUAAAUAUGAUGAUAUGACCUUACCAUUUGCAGAUUUGCUGCUUUCAAUUAUUAUACCCAUCUGCUGUAAUAAAGAAACCUUUUUAUUCAA